UUGAUCAGUCGCAGUUCGUUGUCAACGAGUGAUGUGCAUAGCUAAGAAGCUUUUUAGUAAAGGUGUUUAGUGUAUUGCUUUUUUUUAGAGAACUCGGUAGAUUACAUUGCUUAUAAAUAUUUAUUAGUAUUUAUAUUUUUUUGCCAUCAAAAUUAUUCAACAAUGUACGCAUAGAUGUAUACUUGUAGGCAAAUAAACGCAUUUGACAUAGACUUAAUUACACCGUUCACAUUGUUUUGAGGGUUUAAUACAUUGAAAACAAUUUAUUUAAAAAAAUGAGUUUUAAGAUGCUAACAGUUAUGGCUGUUGCACUGACGUUGGUUGAUGACUUUUUAUUUAUAACAACCACUCAGCUGAAUGCAUCGACCGAUGCUCUUUUUCUGCUGCAAGAAAAUCGGACUUCAAAAGAACUGCAAGAUAAAUCUAAAUUGGUUCAUGACGUGAGCGUGGAACUUAAAACUACUGGCCGUAAGUCGACUGCCGACGAUUACAAUACAUUUUCGUCUUUGACGUCCGAUGUUUUUGUCGAGGCUCCGUCAUCAGUUUCAAAUUCUAAGCCAUACCCUUCGCUAACCACCAGUACUCCAGCAUUCGUUACACGUGGAAGAUAUAUCAGAAACCCAUUCUAUUUUAGCAAGGAAGAUCAAGAAGUCGAAUUCGAAGAAGAUCAACAUGCAGAUGUGUUGUUAAAUGGUGGUUUUCCGAAAUGGAAUAGGUAUAAUACUAAUCACAGACAGUUGAAUAAGUACGGGCCGACGCCCAUUGAAACAGACAUCACUGUCGACGAAGACGGAUCGACCGGUUAUGGAAGCGCGUUCGAAUUUGGCGGCGGAGGUGGUAACGUGGGUGCUUCUAGUUACGAUUCUGGCAACUACCGAAAUCCAAACAACGGAUGGUCAGGUGGAGACAGCAUGAUGGAAUGGUACGGCGAACCAAUACCACAGUCUUCGCGCCCCGUUCCAAUAAUCGCUGAAAUCCGGCAUCCUAGCAAACAUAAAAUGUCCAUCGAUGUGACUAAAAUCGGUCUGUUUGCAUUGGUGAAGAUCGCAAUGGCCAAGUUAAAAGCGCUGGGCUUCAUUAAGGCCUUCUUGAUCAUGUUAUUCAAACUGAAACUGCUCAUACUCGUUCUGGCCAUCAAGGCUCUGAUGCUAAUGAAAAUGGUGAAAAUGACCCUGUUUCUUCCAGCUCUCUUGUCAAUAUUUACGUGGCCGAUGAUCUUAUCGCGUCUAUGGAACAUGCAAAACAUGCUUAACCAGCCGGUUUUAGUACCAAAUGGUUUUGGAAGCAUGGGCACCGCAACUCCGGCGACACCAGCAGGUGGUGGUGAUGGUGGUAAUGGUGGUGACCCAGACGACCCUGAUGGUGUUAAGAGGAGGAGUCGUCUAGACAAUUUUCAGGUAAUGGGAAAUGGAAUGGCUACCUUCAGGCAAAUCAUGCGAUCAGAAAAGUGCGUGGAGAGGGUCUCUUGCCGUAUGGCUGGUGCAGAAAGACCGAGUUUGACAUUAAUUUGGUUGAAUUGGGCUUUAUCGCCUAUAUCAAACUUUCUACCGAGCAAGAAAAUAAGGUCCUUUGUUUCAACAUUUACUGAAGUAACCAAUUUUCGUUUAGAUAAUUUGUAUACUAGACUGCUGCCUACUAACUGGACGGAAUGGUGUGAUGAACAUUAUUCAUGCGAUGGAACUAAAAAGAAGUAAAAGAUCUAAGUACCUACUAAAGUAAAAAUAUUUUUUUUUUAUUAUUUAUUAUUUAAUAUUUAUUUUAUAUCCUUAUACAAAUAGUAACAAUGUUAAGAGAUACCUUUAAAAUCACUUUAUAUUUUGAUUUUAUUGUAUUCGAAAUUUUUAUACUACUGGUGGUAAAUAAAUACUUUAUUAAUACUUAUUCAUAUUGUAUUAAUUUUAAUUUAUUUAAGAAGAUGUCAUACCGUUAUUCAUCGUACAAGCGCACAACAUAUUAACAAAAUAUCAUACGUUCAGAAUAAUCAAUAUUUUAACUCGGUUGUAUUAUUUUUAAUAUUAGAGUG